UGGGAACGAUAUAUUGAAGAACAUCGUGAAAGUUCGCGCGAGACAAUCACCAACAAAUGAACUGGUUUCAAAAAGAUUUCUUCGGAUUUUCAACUGCUCAAAACCAGAAGACAAGAUUUGUGCUGGUUUUCUCUCUCUAAAAUCUGGCGAUGCAAAAAGUCUAGUGUUCUCACUCCGCGUCACUUCCAUUCCUUUACGAUUCUGCUCUCUCCUUCUAGGGUUUUUUAAUUAGGGGGUGGAAGAAAGUUCCGAGACUAGCUCCGGAUUGGAUUAAAGGGAUAUCAUCAAUUUUCUUUUAAUUUUGGGGGUUUUAUGCCCGAAGGGAGUGGGUUCGAUAUUAUUCGAUUCACCAAAAUUAGUAGCUAUCAUUAUGCAUUGAUAGAAUUUGUUGAUCGGUAACUUGGUUCAAUGUUCUUGGAAAAAGGUGAAAAGAUAAUCGCGGCCUUGAUAUACUUUUCAUUGUAACUUAGUCCUGAUCAGAAGAAAGCGUUAAUCAAUCAUCACAAAAUGGAUUUUGCAAAGCGUUGGUGUAGAAAAUUAAAACCAAAAGAGAAACCUAAAUCUUCACAAAAAAAGGAAGUUAGAAGCUAUGGAAAAGAAGGUCUAAGAGUAACAAAUGAAGAAGCACCUUCAAAUGCUACAAAACAGAAGGUUGAAGCUGCUAAACAGUAUAUAGAAAAACACUACAAGGAGCAAAUGAAGAAUCUUAAUGAAAGGAGGGAAAGGCGUAAUGUACUUGAGAAGAAAUUGGCUGAUUCAGAGGUCUCUGAAGAAGAACAAAACAAUCUCCUUAAACAUCUGGAGAAGAAGGAAACAGAAUAUAUGCGCCUUCAGAGGCAUAAAAUGGGUGCUGAUGAUUUUGAGCCAUUGACAAUGAUCGGCAAGGGUGCAUUCGGAGAGGUUAGGAUAUGCAGGGAGAAGACAACUGGAAAUGUGUAUGCAAUGAAAAAACUUAAGAAGUCCGAAAUGCUUCGUAGAGGACAGGUUGAACAUGUGAAAGCAGAAAGGAACCUACUUGCAGAAGUUGAUAGCAAUUGCAUUGUUAAGCUUUAUUGUUCAUUUCAAGAUGAAGAAUUUCUGUACCUCAUAAUGGAAUAUCUACCUGGUGGAGAUAUGAUGACAUUACUCAUGCGAAAAGACACAUUAACUGAAGAUGAAGCUCGAUUUUAUGUUGGUGAAACUGUUCUUGCAAUCGAAUCCAUUCACAAACAUAAUUAUAUUCAUAGGGAUAUUAAGCCUGAUAACUUGCUCCUUGAUAAAUCUGGACACAUGAAACUAUCAGAUUUUGGAUUAUGUAAACCAUUAGAUUGCAGUAAUCUUCAAGAAAAAGAUUUUUCUUCUGCAAAUAAUUUAAGUGGGGCCCUUCAAAGUGAUGGGCGCCCUGCAUUGCCUAAACGCACUCAACAAGAGCAAUUGCAGCAUUGGCAGAGGAAUAGAAGGAUGCUUGCUUAUUCAACUGUUGGAACACCUGAUUAUAUUGCUCCUGAAGUUUUACUGAAGAAAGGAUAUGGAAUGGAAUGCGAUUGGUGGUCUCUUGGGGCUAUCAUGUAUGAAAUGCUUGUUGGAUACCCACCCUUCUAUUCAGAUGAACCAAUGUCCACCUGUAGAAAGAUAGUGAAUUGGAGAACUCAUUUGAAAUUUCCCGAAGAAGCAAAAUUGUCACCAGAGGCAAAAGAUCUCAUCUGUAAACUUUUAUGCAAUGUUGAAAAAAGGCUUGGAACCAAAGGUGCUCAUGAAAUUAAGGCACAUCAAUGGUUCAAGGGUAUAGAUUGGGAGAAGUUGUAUCAAAUUGAAGCUGCAUUUAUUCCAGAAGUAAAUGAUGAGCUGGAUACCCAAAAUUUUGAGAAGUUUGAGGAGGGUGACAACCAAAUUCCUUCUUCAACAAAAUCAGGUCCUUGGAGAAAGAUGCUAUCUUCAAAGGAUGUGAACUUCAUGGGGUACACCUAUAAGAACUUUGAAAUUGUAAAUGAACAUGAAGUUCCAGGAAUCGCUGAGUUGAAGAAGAAGAGUACAAAACCUAAGAGGCCAACAGUCAAGUCGCUUUUUAAAGAAGAAACGGAUUCAACUUCCUCUCAACAAACACAAGGAAGCUUUCUUAACCUCUUGCCUAGGCAACUAGAAGUCUCCAAGAAAGAGGAGUCUAAAUGAAUUCUUAUUUCUUAUGUGUUGAUAAGAGUCACAUAGCCAUAGUUUAAAAAAAAAAGGAAGAAAAACAAUGUGUUUACUUGUGGGUAAAUACAGAAUGAAAGAUGUGGAUUUGCAAGUUUGUUUCGAUUUGCUUGAUAUUUUUAUGGGUUUGGAGCUUUUUAAUUUUUUUUUUUUGGAGUUUUGGGGAGUGGUUGUAAAUUGGUUUCAUGGAUUGUGUAUAUUUGUUUUUAGUUUUACUACUUGUAAUUGGUGUGCAACUUAAAUCCAAUUGUGAGAGUAACAAAAUUAUGGGAUUUUUAUUGUUAUUUUAAGUUGAAGGUAAGUGACAACCUUUGUUUUUGCCAAA